AUGAUUCUACUCAUAGACUCCUAUGACUCAUUCACCAACAACUUACGACUGCUAAUCGCAGAAAGCACUGGUGAAGAGGUGAUAACCAUCCACAAUGACACUUUCGAGCCCGAACAGUACUCAGACUUUGUCAAAUCGUAUCUUCCGCUGUUCGAGUACAUCGUCAUAGGUCCCGGUCCUGGCCACCCCGAGAAUGCUAAAGACGUGGGGAUUGCCGGAUGGCUCUAUAAACACUACAAGCAAAACCCUGGAACAACUUUGGUGCCGAUAUUUGGCGUUUGUCUCGGUUUUCAAAGUAUGUGCUACGAAUUUGGCAACCGAGUAAACCGCUUACAUUCGAUUAGACACGGCCAGGUUUACGAUGUGAUUCCACUAAGCGACACAGACUCGAGUGUUUCCCAUAAACUUUUUCCCACAAAGGAAAAAACACCGUGUGUAAGAUACCACUCAUUGCAUGUGCCUAUGGAGGACCUUACCGACGAUAUAGUGCCUUUGGCAUACUGUGACGAUGUCAAUGGCUCCACCACAACGAGAGUAUUGAUGGCUGGAAGACACAGGUCGCUUCCUAUUUACGGAGUCCAAUACCACCCGGAGUCAGUUUGUUCGUCUUCCGGAAUCGAGCUCGUGAAAAAUUUCCAUGCUAUUGCCAAGGAAUAUCCACAUGUAGCUGCUGAUUCUCCACCGCAGUUACUCGACGAGAUUCGUCGCUUCGACAUUAGGUAUAGGGAAGACCACAAGUUUCAUUCUCCCGAGCCUUCCACCGAUACAGCAUACUACAUGGUUCCCAUCUCGUUGCCUACGGCGAAGCCUGUGGCCAUCUGUGACUACUUGUAUAAAAAGUCCGGCAAGACCGACUUCUUCCUCUUGAACUCGGCGUCUAAUCCGUGCCAAUGGUCCAUUAUUGGGUUUCCCGUUCUUGGCGAAUCGUGCGUAAUUACUCACUCUACGGAUGAGAACAAUAUUGUCGAAUUGGGCAAAUUUGGCUUGCCAGAAAGACAGCGUCUUGAUUUGCAAGGGCUGGGCCAUGCUGAUAUAUGGUCUUACUUGAAAAAGACGUUUGAAAAAGCUUAUAUUCCCCCAGCUACGUUUGACAAGCACCAGAAACUUCCCUUCUAUGGAGGAUACAUGGGAUUGGCUUCUUACGAAGAGGGACAACAUAUUAGGUUUGAGAAGUUAAAAUCGAUGACAAAUGGGUCCACACCUGAUCUUAAAUUGGUUCAUAUAGAACGUUCUUUGGUAUAUGACCACGAGAACAACCAGUGGUACUUGCUAAGCAUCAAACCAGAUGAUUCUCAAUGGUGCAAAGACAUGUCAGAUGAAUUGCUGGGUGCCGAAAAUGACGGUAAACUUGUGAUAAAUUUAGCGAAUAUUGCAUCUUCUGUCAAAGAUCUCGCUGAAGACGAGAACAUUGAAUUUGAACUUCCCGAUCGAAAUACUUACCAGAAGCAGUUCCAGGCGUGCCAGGAGUACCUCCAUAGUGGAGACUCGUACGAGCUUUGCUUGACAACACAACUGAAGUUGAAACUUCCCGCCAAGAUCCAUCCGUGGGAAAUUUAUCUUAUACUCACUCUUCGCAAAAACCCGUCGCCAUACUCGUGUUUCAUGCUGUUUGAGGACGUCAUUCUUAUAUCGUCUUCACCUGAAAGAUUUCUCUCAUGGCAACAAACUAGUGGAGGAAAACGCAAGGUUGAAUUCCGUCCUAUAAAAGGUACCGUGAAGAAAACGCCCGAAGUUGAUCUCAAAGCCGCUACGGACAUUUUGCGGACACCCAAGGAAAUGGGAGAAAACCUCAUGAUUGUGGAUCUCAUCCGCCAUGAUCUCUAUCUGUAUGUAGACAAAGUGGAGGUGUCGCUGCUCAUGUCGGUAGAAGAGUAUAGCACCAUGUUCCAAUUGGUGAGUGUGAUUAGAGGAGAAAUUGACCACAAGCAUGGAAUAGAUGUUCUUGAGUGCUCGUUACCGCCCGGAUCCAUGACGGGAGCACCAAAAAAGCGAUCUGUCGAAUUACUUCAAGAUAUUGAAGCGAUGCAGCCCAUAACCAAUGGAGGUAGACGAGGAGUUUACAGUGGAGUUUGUGGGUACUGGUCUGUCACCGACGAGGCGGUUUGGUCGGUGGUCAUUCGUUCUGUGUUCCAUUACACCGACGACAAGCACAAUCUGGACCAGUGUAAGUUAUGGCGGAUUGGAGCCGGAGGAGCAAUUACUGUUCUCAGUGAGGAGAAGGGUGAAUGGGAUGAGAUGGUGGUGAAGCUUACAAGUGCACUCCUGUCGUUUACAUAG